AUGGCAGAUGAAGAAUAUGGAGUGAAGAUUGUGUCAGUGACAGAAGGAGAUUCGGUAACUCUACACAGUGAUGUUAUCGAGGUACGACGUUAUAUGCGUCAUAUAGAAUGGAGGAGGUUGGGACCAGAAAAUACUCCCAUAGCUAUCGGCAUCCAUCAGCGUAAUGAGAUGACAUAUAUUAGAUAUUAUUAUGAUGAGAGAUUCAGAGACAGACUACAGAUGGACAAUCAAACUGGAUCCCUGACCAUCAGGCACAUCAGAACCACAGACUCUGGACUUUAUCAAAUGAACAGUCGAUUCUCAAGCGAAUUAUUCAAUGUUACUGUCUAUGUAUUUCACCUUAUUCUCUCAUGUUUUCCAGUUCGUCUUCCCAUUCCUGUCAUCACCAGAGACUAUGCAUGUUCUUCAUCAUCAGGAUCAUCACAGCAGAACUGUUCAUUGGUGUGUUCAGUGGUGAAUGUGGGUCAUGUGACUCUCUCCUGGUACAAAGGAAACAGUUUAUUGUCCAGCAUCAGUGUGUCUGAUCUCAACAACAAUCUCUCUCUAAAUCUGGAGAUCGAGUGUCUGGAUGAAUCCUACAGCUGUGUAUUGAACAAUCCCAUCAGCAAUCAAACUAAACCUCUCAACAGCACUGAACUCUGUCAACCAUGUCCAGACCGCAUCCACUGUUGCCAUUUCACCGAAGCUGUGAUUCGAUUGGUCAUCUCUGCUGUGGUGGGCGUGGCUACUAUUGCCAUAAUGGUUUAUGACAUCAGAUCCAGAAGAGAUGAAAAGAAACUGACAUCACAAUCAGUCCUCGAAUAAAGAACCUUGGAUGAAUAGUUCUUUAGUUCUAGUCAAAAGUCAUGGAAACUCAUUGGACAAAAAGA